AUGCGAAGUCAGCAAGACAUUGUCAACAAAAAGCCCGUGAAGGAUUCAUUGAAGGAUGAGAAGGCUUGGUUUGAGAACCACCGAGUCUACAACAAGCUUCCUCCAGGAUUGGUGGGCACUCCUGUCUUGAUUGACAAGCUCACCCAGAUUCUCUUCAAACAUAUUCGAAGGUUUCUGCCAGAGAUCAAGAAAGAGAUCAAUGAAAAGCGCCGUUCAGUGCAAGAUCGUUUGGACGAGCUCGGCGAGGGUGUUCCAGUCGACACUGCGGAACGGGUGCAGGUGAUGUGGACUUUGGUCACGGACUACUGUGACAUGUUCAAAAAUACCAUCCGUGGCAAAUACGAUCGCAAAUUGCAGCGCUACCUGGUAAACUUGGGAUCCCAGGGAGGCAACACUUCAGGAGGCAACAAGAUUCGGACGAUCAUGAACGAUUUCCUCGUUGACUUCUGCGAAACAAAGAUCACUUCGGAGAUGACAGAUGAUGACAUUGACCGCGCCAUCCGUCUUCAUGAGGGAGACUCUUUGCCUGGUUUUCCUUCACCAGACACCUUCGAAUUUCUCGCCCUGCCGCACUUGCAGAAGUUGGCCAUCCCUUCAGUGGAAUGUGUCCAUGACAUCUCGUCAGCCUUGGAUGUCUUGGCGCAGAGGAUGGCUCAUGCAGUAUUCCGCCGAUUCCCAAAGAUGGCUGAGGCUGUGCUCACCAUGACUCAGAAUAUCAUCCAAGAACAGAAGGAUGAGGCAAGGAGAAUAGUGGAAGAGCAGGUGGCUUGCUACAUCGGCUACCUCUUUACCAACGACCCUGAGUAUCUCACGCAGCAUGGCUCCAUGGAACCUAUGUAUAAGAAUCAGCAGCCUGCGAAGCCAGCUCCGCCUGUUGAGGAGGAAAAGCCCAAGGAGCCAGGAAUGGCAGAGAAAACCCUCAAUCAGGUGAAGGAUGGAAGCAGAGCCGCGUAUCAAAGUGUGAGCACCUUCCUCAAGAAGGACACAGCUUCGGAGAGAAGACAGCCCAGAUAUAGUGGCCCAUUUGUCCAAGAGAUUCGCAAACGGCUAGACUCCUACUUUGAGGUAACUGUCAGAAGUGUUCGGGACUCUGUGCCCAAGGCAAUUGGUUUCUAUUUGGUGAGGGCAGUUCAGGAGAAGCUGCAGUUUGAGCUCCUUAGUGCCUUGAACAAACCUGACAAGCUGUCAGAGAUGUUGGGUGAACCGCCUCACAUCAUGGAGGAAAGGCGCACCUUGCACAACCAACUGCAAGUGUUGCAGAAGGCCAGCGCUGUCCUCACCAGGGACCCCACCUUGGCUGCCAUAGCUUUUGAGGCUGAGGAGGAGGAGCCACUACCCCCAACCAAACCUGCACAGCCAAAGGCAACGCCCGCAUAUGCACAGCCAAGCCCUGCUGUGCCAGCUGUGUCUAAGGCUCCGGUGGUCUCAACCGCCACUGUGUCAGCAACACCUGCUGCGCGGCCUGCAGUCACGGCCGCGCCAAAGCCGGCCAGCGUGUUUGGAGGUACACCCGCUCCCACUGGACGCAACCCUCUCUUUGACGAUGCCAAGCCUCAGCAAAAGAACCUGUUUGACUGA